AUGUCUUCCCCUCGAAACUUUGACUUUGCCGGUAUGACCACCACGGAAUUGCAGGAGUUGAUGGCCGCAGCAAGGAUAGCGGAGGAGAAAAAGGUCACUGAGGCAGCAGAGCAGGCCAAGAGGGUGGCGGAGGUGAUAGAGCUCACUACCAGCUCCUCCGGCAGCGACACAGAGAAGCCAGACAAAGAAACGAAGAGUGAGGCAGAGAAGGGGCCGGAUGGGGAAGAGUCAGGGUCUCAGCCGGAGCCGGAGGAAGAGAUGGAGAUGGAAGCCUGA